CUUCUCUCACCAUCGAUCAUGUUUAUUAUAAUAUAUUGUCCCUUCUAGCAAACGCUUGCGACACUCGCUACAUCUCAAUGCUCAACGAGCUUCCUCUAGAAGUUCUACAGCAGAUAGCCGGAUGCCUCCCAACCGCAUCGUCCAUUACCAAUCUCAGCCAAGUCAGUCGCCAAUUCCAUGCCAUUGUCGCUGAUAAUGACCAAACAAUCUUUCGUGACUUUGUAAGGAAUGAGUUCCCCUCAAUUCGCACACCUCCAUUGUGGCGCGAUGCGGCAAGAGUCCUGACGUCGCGGUCCCGAGCAUGGGAUCGUAAGGCGUUUGUGGCAAAAGAAUGUCACCCACCUUCAGACCCUGCAGAAUGGCAGACAAUCCCUGGUAUGGACCACACUGCCUGGACGACGGGCUACCAUCCGGUGAUAGACAGCUAUGAGACCUGGCAAGGAGGAUCUUGGUCGUCGGGAAAGGAAGUCCUUGCAUGGGGAGCAGCUGGUCGACUCAGGGUGCGGACGAUCGCUGAUGGAGUGACGACAUGGACUUCUUCGAAACUAUCUGAGGACGAUCGACAGGACCUUGACAUUAUGGACGUCCGACUUCUUCGGCCUUCUCAGCAUGAUAAUAGAGCGGGUGAAACAAUCUUGCUGAGGACGGCCGAUGGAGAGACCAAGAAAUUGGAGACAAGCUCAAAGGUCAACGACUUUCAUCAGUCGGCCAACUACAACUUCGGACGCUCACGUCCAACCGGCAUGGAUGUCAAUUCAAGCCAUGAUCCACUCCUCGCUCUUUGUGAUAAUGAUUCUUUUCGGCUAUAUCCAGUCCACAGCUCCGAUCAAAAUAUUUCUCCUCUGGAAACUUUCGCUCUCCAUGGUAAUUCAGAGGUUGUGGAACGCACACGAUGCGUCAAAUUCUUGUCCGAAACCAGCCUCGCCAUCGCCUCACAAUAUCUCCAAGGUCUUUCACGCGCUCCACUUCGGGUCUACGACAUCAAUAACUCCCAUGGAUGCCGAACGCCAUUGACAGAGACAUUGACCUCCAAUGAUUCUGAUAUCGUGGGCCGUCAUAACGCCAAUGUGGUAGUGCCUCUGGACGACGUCGCAAGCAUUUCCGGACAGCCGGGACGUUUGAUUCUCUCUGGGUGGACAGAUGGUAUUUCUCGGUUGCAUGAUAUGCGCACCCCGUCCAAAGCAGUGGCAAAGUAUGUUGAUGUGGUGGAUGAUGGUCAGAUCAUGUCUCUCCUUCCCAUCGGCCAUGAACGUUUCGUUGCCGGAGGCCACCAGAAUGGGUGUUUGAAGACGUUCGACCUUCGACUUACCGGAGCACGACCUUAUUCGCACAAAAUUUUCCAACCAACGCAGUCGCAACAAAAGUGCCUUGAGACUGUCCAAUUUUAUGACCCAGCAACCUGCGACUGGACCAAGGGCCAGACAUAUCGUGGCAUCAACAUAUUCGUGAACCCCUGGGUCAAUAUGUCAAUGGGACUCAGGGUCUGGGAUCCAUUACCAACCAAGCCUUCACACCGAUCCGUGAGAUACAGGGGUGCACUUUAUUCACUCUCUAGCCCUUCCCCAUCCUCCCCCACAAUAUACGUGGGAAUGUCAAAUCACGUGUUACAACUCGACUCCAUUUCCACUGACGACGAGCAUGGUGGCCUCAGCAAGCUGCACAAAUCUGUUGGACAGAACGACCCACAAAAGCAAAGAACAAUGGAAUUUUCUUGCUACGAGAGACCACGGAAUGGCCACUCCAGCACCGACCCUGUUCUACUGCGGAAACAAAUACCACUUCACGGACCUCGAAACGAUGGGUCAGAUACUCAAGGUCUCCAUGAGGAAGGCUGGGACGAAAGAUGGCGACUGGAAACACAGCGACGACCCAGAGGUACAGCACGAACCUGGAUGUAACAUGAUAGAGAUGAAGAUCGGCAGGAGUUCUCAAGAUACACUUUCAGUCUUA